GAGGCGGUUGUAACACAUACCAUUUUGGCUCAAUUAGAUCAAGAUGGAGAAUAGCGUACCUUAGUUUCUUCAGUGGGAGGAGCCGGAUGAACACAUGUUUCAAGGGAAAUGACGCAAAUGCAUUAAAGCAACAAUUUUAGCGCGCGCCAAUGAGCCGCACAAACCAGUUUCCCUCCAGAAAGAGAAGAGACAGCUUGUGUCGCACUUUGUGAAGCGAGAAAAGGACUCUUUUGUAACCAAGUAACUUUAGACUGCAACACUAAAGUUGACGGGAAAACGUCUCAGUAAAGGUUUUCUUAUUUCUACUUGAACCAAACACAGAAUCCACCAUGUUUGAGGCUCGCUUGGUACAGGGAUCCAUCCUGAAGAAAGUUUUGGAGGCUCUGAAGGACCUGAUCACGGAGGCCUGUUGGGACGUGAGCUCGUCGGGUAUCUCCCUCCAGAGUAUGGAUUCGUCCCACGUCUCCCUAGUCCAGCUCACCCUCCGCAGCGACGGGUUCGACUCUUACCGCUGCGACCGCAAUCUCGCCAUGGGAGUCAAUCUUAGCAGUAUGUCAAAGAUCCUGAAGUGUGCUGGGAAUGAGGACAUCAUCACUCUCAGAGCAGAGGACAACGCAGACACACUCGCCCUUGUCUUUGAGACACUCAACCAGGAAAAGGUGUCCGACUAUGAGAUGAAGCUGAUGGAUCUUGAUGUAGAACAGUUGGGAAUCCCAGAGCAGGAGUACAGCUGUGUGGUGAAGAUGCCAUCAGGGGAGUUUGCCCGUAUCUGCCGUGACCUUUCUCAGAUUGGUGACGCCGUCAUGAUCUCUUGCGCCAAGGAUGGAGUUAAGUUUUCUGCCACGGGAGAGCUGGGCACCGGCAACGUCAAGUUGUCCCAGACCAGCAAUGUGGACAAGGAGGAGGAAGCUGUGACUGUUGAGAUGAACGAACCAGUCCAGUUGAUCUUCGCACUUAACUACCUAAACUUCUUCACCAAAGCCACACCCCUCUCCAAAACCGUCAUCCUCAGCAUGUCUGCAGACAUCCCCCUCGUGGUGGAGUACAAGAUAGCUGACAUGGGCCACGUUAAGUACUACCUGGCACCCAAAAUUGAUGAGGAGGCUUCCUAAACCUCCCUGGUCCAAAGUCCAAUGGAAGAACAGAGGGGGUUGGUUCCUACUUCCUGUGGAUGGGGAGGAGGAACUUCCUGUUGUGAGGGAAAGUAAGGGAUGUCAUGGCUGACUGUUGAUUACCUCUGUAUCAUGGCAUCGCUGUUGGUUUUGGUUUUAUCUGUAUUCUACAUUUCUGCUGGUUGAUAGAUUGUCUAGCUCUUCCAGCGUCCAUGAGGGGGGUUAUGGUAAUAUGGGUCUAAAUACAAGUUGAUGUAUUUGGAUACAUUCAUUGAUAUCAGCAGUUUGAUGAAUGCAGUCUGAAUUGAGAUUGAUACUGGCUGGACAAUGGUAAAAGGGUUCUACUAAAGGAUCCCCCUGUCUUUUCUGUGACCAGGGUUCUUAUUCUAGCUCAGGAGUGUACUGUUCAGUUGUUAACCUGUGACCUAUCCAGCCCUCUGAGGAAGAUCAAGAUUUCUCCACAAUCCCUCUUUCCCUUUCUCACUCUCCCUCUCAUCUGUUUGGAAAACAAAUGCGCAUUUUGAUUUGUAGAUAUGUCUGUAAAUAUAUUUUGUGGUCAUGUUAACCACCCCAAUGUUGUAUUCAUGAACUCAAUUUCCCAAUAAAUAAUUUGAUUCUGA